AUGGUUUCAACAGUAAUUCGUUAUUUCAUAUUCGUUCUAUUCAGCCUUACAGUUCGAGUGAAAUCUCAAUUCUGCAAUGGAAUUGCUCAAUAUAAUCGAUGUUCGCCAAAUAGUGCAUGUGCAUGUUUCCAUAUAGCAGGCGCUAUUGACAUUGGCAUUUGUACCGAUGAAUUCGUCGAUUGUUCUGAGCUAGUUACAUGCGAACGCUCAAACAACAUUUGUAGUGAACCUAACCAUAGAUGUGUCUAUCAUCCUCGAUGUCAUAAUCUUCCUGUUUGUUAUUCGGUGCCUAGUUUCAAUCGACAACUCUGUCCACCAAUAGAAACAAUGAAUACUACAACUACAAGUACAAUUCCAACUACAACAACUACUCAACAACUAUUCUAUCCAUUACGUGGAACUUCCGUUGACAUUCAUCCAAAUGCUCGAUGGCAACAGAAUGGUAUCACUGUAACUGGAGGAAAUGGAAAUGGCAAUGGAAUCAAUCAAAUCUCAAGCUCUUGGGGUUUGUAUGUUGAUGAUGAUCAAACAAUCUAUGUUGCUGAUACGGCGAAUCACCGUAUUGUGGAAUGGAAAUGGGGCGCAACGAGUGGCCAAGUGGUUGCAGGUGGAAAUGGACAAGGAAGUGGGGAUCAUCAGUUAUCUAGCCCAUUAGAUAUGAUUGUCGACAAAGAGAGUGAUAGUCUCAUCAUCUCCGAUUAUGCGAAUAGAAGAGUGGUUCGAUGGUCUCGUCGAAAUGGAACAAGUGGAGAAACAAUCAUCUCUAACAUCCAUUGUAUGGGUUUGACAAUGGAUGAGAAUGGAUCUCUCUAUGUCGUUGACAAUGGAAAAGAUGAAGUGAGACGAUAUCGAAGAGGAGAAUCUCAAGGAAUAGUGGUUGCAGGUGGCAAUGGAAGAGGAAAUCAUCUCAAUCAACUCUCUUCCCCACGAUACGUAUUUGUCGACCAAGAUCAUUCAGUAUAUGUGUCUGAUUUUGGAAAUGAUCGUGUGAUGAAAUGGAUGGAAGGUGCAAAACAAGGCAUUGUUGUGGCUGGUGAUCAAGGAAGAGGAAAUGGUCUUGCACAAUUGUCAUCUUGUCAAGGAGUCGUUGUCGAUCAAUUGGGCACUGUCUAUGUGGCUGAUUGGGGGAAUGAUCGAAUCAUGCGUUGGUCCAAAGGAGCCACACAGGGAAGUGUCAUUGUUGGUGGUAACGGUAAAGGAGGACAAUCGAACCAACUCAAUUGGCCCUUCGGUUUGUCAUUCGAUCGAGACGGCAAUCUCUAUGUCGUCGAUCACGGAAAUGAUCGAGUACAAAAAUUCAAUAUCGAAUCCAAUAAGUAA